CCCAUCUCUCCUUAAAAAAUAACUUCCACCCACAUGAUGCCGUCACCGUGUACUCCACCAAUUAGAAGCCAAAAGGAGGAGGAGGAACUUUCCAUUGUCCCUCCCUAAUCCCAAAAGCAUCCUUCCUGGAAUAAUAAAAGCUACGCAUCUCUCUCUUCCAUCCGUUAUUAUUCCUUUCUUUCUCAAUCCACUCCCUUCUUUUUUGUUUUUUUUAACUCUCUUUAGGCCAUCAGUAGUGUUUGUUGUUGAUUCCUCCUCUCUUCUCUUCUCUUCGCUGGUCCUCCCAAUGGGCAACCCCAUGGACUACUAUUUUGAGGUGUUGGAUAUCCCCAAGGACUCCUCCCCCCAAGAAAUCCGCGCCGCCUACAGAGCCCUCGUCAGGAAGUGGCACCCGGACAAGCACCCCCCAUCUUCCAAGCCCCAGGCCGAGGCCAAGUUCAAAGCCAUCACCCAAGCGUAUGAGGCCCUUAAUGAUCAGGAAGAAAACAAAGUCAUGUUUGGAGUUUGCAACGAUAAUGGGGAUGGCAGCGCCAAGGAAGGAGGGUCGAACAGGGGCAGGGAAGAGGCGAGAUCGUCGCCGCUGCCGAGGCACCGGAGCCAGGAGUUCUUCCCUCAGAGCAGAUCAGGGAGGAAUUUCAAGGACGUGUACUACUCGAUGGGGUCUAACAGCCCGGUGGCGAGGCCGACGUUCUCACGGUCGUCUCGUCGGAAGCCUCCACCGGUGGAGUAUAAGCUCGAGUGCACGCUCGAGGAGCUCUGCCGUGGCUGCAAGAAGGAGGUCAAGUUCACCAGGGACGUCGUCACCAAGAACGGGUCAAUUGUUCAAAAGGAGGAGACACACACAAUUAAGGUGAAGCCAGGAUGGAAAAAAGGGACCAAGAUCACAUUCGAAGGGAUGGGGGAUGAGCGACCAGGAUGCAUCCCUGCCGAUGUUGUCUUCUUGAUAUCAGAGAAGGAGCACCCCAUCUUCAAGAGAGUGGGUAAUGACUUAGUGAUCAAAGUGGAGGUCCCCUUGGUGAAUGCCCUCACCGGUUGGACCUUCUCUUUUCCACUUUUGAGCGGAGAGAAGAUAAGCUGCUCCUUCCAUGAUGAGAUCAUCUAUCCAGGAUACGAGAAAGUCAUAAAAGGCGAGGGCAUGCCUCUUGCGCAUGAGAAGGGGGUGAGAGGGGAUUUGCGAAUAAAAUUCCUUAUCAUCUUCCCAACACAACUAAGCGACGAGCAGCGCUUGAGUAUGGUGGAGCUUCUGAAGGACGGCACUUGAUAGUCUCAAGCUUCAUUCUUUUCCUCCCCUCUACUUCGAUCGCUGUUAAUAUCCAUGUCUUAUACAUAAGAGUUUCAGAUACAUACAGGUUUUUAUAUGGUCAUCCUGUGCAUACAUGAAGUAUGAGUUGGUGAUAAAUUCUCUUAGUUGCCAUUGAGGAUUGUUUCCAUACCAACUGGUUUAGGAGUUUACUGCCUCACCUUUUAAAGCCUUGUAGCUGAAGAAAUUUAUGGUAAGUUUCUUUAUGCGGUAUUAUAUGUUUGAGAUACCAGAGAGCAGAAGAGGCAGGAGAUGUUGCAUGGGUUCCCAAUCCUUGCUCUUGCCAGUCACCAACAUGUCAAUAUCUGAAUGCUUUUUUGACGGGCAAUAUGAUGCUUUUCCCAUCUA